UCAUUUUCCGUCAACAGAAAUGCAUGAGCUUUAUCCCCAGUGCCACUGUGUGGGCUGCUAAACAGCAAAUCCUGUGUACAUUGAGUCAGAAUCUGAAGGAUGUGCUGAACUACGGCCUCUUCCAGCCGUCCAGCGAUGGCAGCGAAGGAGAAUUCCUGGAUGAAGAGAGUCUGAUCGGGGAAUAUCCACUGCCAGCCUGCGAGGGCGUCCCGUCACUGGAGUUUCGCUACAAAACCAGAUUGUACAAUCAGCCCAGUGUGGACGAGAAGCUGAUCGCCAAACUUCACACGAAGGCCAGCUUGAGGAAGUUCAUAGAUUACAUCCAGCAUCAUCAGCUGGAGAAAUUCUCCAAAAUGCUUGACAGAGGGCUGGACCCAAAUUACCAGGACAAUGAAACUGGAGAGACUCCGCUCACCUUCGCCGCCCAGCUGGAGAAUAAGCUGGAGUUUAUUAAAGCUCUGAGGAACGGAGGAGCUCAUCUGGACUUCAGGGCUCAAGACGGCAUGACUGCUCUACACAAAGCUGCUCGCACUAACAACCAGCCAGCGCUCAAGACGCUGCUGGAGCUCGGCGCGUCGCCGGACUAUAGAGACGGCCGUGGUUUGACGGCUCUGUAUCACACCGUCAUGGUGGAUGGAGACACGCAGUGCUGCGAGCUGCUGCUGAACGAACACGCGUCCGUCUGCUGCCAGGACGAGAACGGCUGGCAUGAGAUCCACCAGGCUUGUCGUCAUGGUCAUGUCCAACACCUUGAGCAUCUGUUGUUUUACGGCGCAGAUAUGAGCGCUCAGAACGCCUCGGGGAACACGGCCCUGCACAUCUGUGCUCUCUACAACCAGGAGAAGUGUGCGCAGAUGCUGCUGGUCAGAGGAGCCGACAAGGAGCUGAAGAACCACAACAGCCAGAGUCCGUUUCAGGUGGCGAUAAUCUCCGGGAACUUCGAGCUGGCGGAGCUCAUUAAGAAGCACAGAGACAGUGAUGUUGUGCCGUUCCACGAGGGCCCGUCGUUCUCCAGACAGCGGCGGCUCCUGCAGAAGAACAGUCUGACGGUGUCGCGGCGGCUGCUGCUGCGCUCCAACAGUGACAACAGUCUGCCGGCCAGAGCCGUGAGCCCCGAGCAGCGGGCCGCGCUCAGCCUGUCCCCGCAGAAGACCCGCGUGAAGAUGAUGACGACGGGCCGCGGCGGCAGGACCGUCCCGAGCAGCCGCUCCCUGUCCGUCAGCCUGGAGGACGAUCACAGCGCUCAACAGAAAUGUGCCAACGGCCGAGCGUGUGUCCAGAGCGCCAGGAGGAAGCUGUACAGCGCCGUUCCCGGCCGGCAUUUCGUGGCGGUUCGCUCAUACCUACCUCAAGCUGGAGGAGAAAUCAGCCUCCACAAGAACGAGCGGGUCAGAGUUCUAAGCGUCGGUGAAGGAGGAUACUGGGAAGGAAACUGCCGAGGUCAGGUGGGCUGGUUCCCUGCCAGGUGUCUGGAAGAAAUUCCCGUCAAACCUGACAAAGAGAGACCCAAGAGCAGGAUGGAGCGGAGCGACAGGAGGAAGCUCUUCAGACACUUCACUGUGGGCUCGUACGACAGCGCUGACGCGUCCAGUGACUGUGUGACCGAGCAGAAAACUGUGGUUCUUCAGAAGCAGGACAACGAAGGCUUCGGGUUUGUGCUGCGAGGAGCUAAAGCCGACACGCCCAUCGAGGAGUUCGUUCCCACGCCGGCGUUCCCGGCGCUGCAGUACCUGGAGUCGGUGGAUGAGGGCGGUGUGGCCUGGCUGAUGGGGCUCCGCACCGGGGACUUCCUCACCGAGGUCAACCAUCAGAAUGUGGUGAAGAUGGGGCACCGGCAGGUCGUAAACAUGAUUAAACACGGAGGAAAUCGACUCGUCAUUAAAGUGGUGAGGGUGAGCAGGAAUCUUGAGCAAGACGACAAAACCCGUAAAAAAGCACCUCCUCCACCCAAAAGAGCUCCAACAACUGCACUCUCCAUGCGAUCCAAGUCCAUGACAUCCGAACUAGAAGAACAAGAUAAAGUGGAAGAGACUGCGCAGCCGCAGAAGCCUGCGCAUGAAAAAACCUCAGCGGUGGCCACAAUCAAGCCCCGCCCCUCUAGUCGCUUUUUGGCCACAUCCGUGGAUUUUAAUCAGUCCACAUCUGAAAGGCCAGGAGUCGCUAUAGUUCCCCCAAAUGUUCCUGUGAGAUCUGGAAGUUGUGUUCGUGUGCCAAAAAGCUCCAUGAGAAGACAAAAAUCCAUUGGAAUCGCAGGGGAAGAAAAGAAGUUCCUGAUACCUCCACAUGUCAAGUUCACCAGAAGUCUCUCUAUGCCUGACACAUCUGAGGAUAUUCCCCCACCUCCAGGCAUCUCUCCUCCAUCCCCACCUUACAACCUCAGUACUCCUAUGACACCAAAAUAUGAGCCCAACCAGUCCAUUUACACACAGAGCUCGACAGGCAGAUGCCACACUAUAGAAAGAGACCAGGUAGGGUACCAUCGGCAGAACUUCGAACAAUAUGACUGUCAGACUUAUCCAGCCAGCCAGCAAAACAUGUGUACCCACAACAGGGCCCAUGUGCCAGAGAACCCAUACUCAGACAUAGCUGGCAAAUGUUUGUAUGUCCCACCAAAACCAGCCCGUAGGAAGGGUAUACUGAUAAAGCAGCCAAAUGUCGAGGAUAGCCCUGAGAAAACCUGUUCAAUCCCCAUACCAACCAUUAUUGUCAAAGAGCCUUCAACUAGCAGUAGUGGCAAAAGUAGCCGAGGAAGUAGCAUGGAAAUUGAGACUACUGCCUCUGAGCUACCAGGCCAACUACGGCCGGAGGACACUGGAGGUCUCAUCGUGAGCAACCCUUUUGCAGCUGCUAUUGCAGGGGCAGUACGUGACCGCGAGAAGCGCCUUGAAGCACGCAAGAACUCUCCGGCCUUCCUGUCAAUGGAUCUCGGAGACGAGGAUUCGUUUAUCCCUACCCCCCGUUUACGCCAGUCUAUGUCCAUAGAUGAAGGCAUGUUUGCUCAUGAUAAGAGUUUACAAAAGCUUAUGGCUCCACCGGCUUCUUUAGGGGUCCAGAAAAUUGGAAGUGGAGGCAACUUCCCCGAUCCAACAACCGAGCCCCUCACAACACGCACCGGGAACUGCCCCAAUAUAGGCAGUCCCAUCACUCUCAAUGAUGGAGAUUUCCAACCCCAGGCUCUGGGUCUAGCUGCUAGUAACAGAGCUCUGAAAGAGCAAGUGCAACCCCCUCUUCCUCCACCUAAAGGAGAACAUCACAAAGCAAACCUCAACCAGCCACUCUUCAUUGACACCAAGCUACGGUCCAAUAUUGAAGCCAACUUUGUUGCCACAGCUGCAGUGGGUCAACCAAACGAUGGUGGAGGUUUGUUUAGGCACACAAGAGAGUCCAAUCAUGACACAAAGAAGGUGAAGAAAAGUAAUCCAUCUGAGCAGUUGAAGAACACCCAUAGCACAUCACAACAAAAGUCAGAGGGCCUCCUCAUGGUCCACACACUAGAUAAGGCCAAGCCACAAGUGAACAGUCAGUCUGAUGGAUUCGAACAGCAAGAGUCCCUUGUUAUGGACAGGGCAACCAUUGAUUCGAAUGUCAAACUUUCAGCCCAGCCACCUCAUACAAGGACCUCUGCCACCUCCGUGGAGGAACCUGUCAACUUUUCCUGUAGCAUUCCUCCUCCCCCACUGACCUCAGUAGAUAUUGAUGAGGAGUUUGACAUAGCUGUACCCUUGCCUCCACCUCUGGAGUUUGCCAACAGCAUUGAUGUUCCUGAGGACCAGGUGGCAGAGAUCCUCAAGCAGAAAAAGGAUAAUGCAACAAGGAGACCCUUGCCUGUUUAUCAUUCUCGUGCUUCUACAACAAACAGUGUGGAGUCCAAGAGUCUUUCAGGGCUUAUAAAUUGCAUGACUCCCCACACCUACCCUCCACCACCUCCAGAGGGUUUUGAGUCUGUUACGGACUCAGGCAUUGAGGAAGUUGAUAGUCGAAACAGUGGGUACCCUCACUUUGAGGCAAACAGCACAAUUUCCACAGUGUCCAGUAUCUCUACUCUUUCAUCAGAGGGGAUUGAGGACACAUGCAUAGCCUAUGCAGACGGGCAGACUCUGCUGGACCGACCGCCUGUUCCGCCGAAGCCAAAAUCGAAGCCUGUAAUCAACAAAAGCAAUGCCUUUUACAGGGACCCUUUGAUACUGGAGAGCAUAGAGUCCUAUGGGCAGCCACUGCCAGCCCCUCCUCCACCCGUGGAUUGUGUAGCACAAUCUGAGCCUCACAAAACGCUUGCACAGCGAGGCACUAAACUGUGGGGGGACCCCCAUGAGCUCCCCAACCCCCUCGUACCCAAUGCAGAUCCUAAAGUCAAUGUGAUCAGUGAACUCAAUUCUAAACUUCAGCAGAUGAACAAGGACAAAUUUCCGAAACGGGGAGGGCCUCUUGACCUACCUGCAGGAUCCAGAAGCAUUGGAUCAAGAGAGUGGACGGCCCAAGCCUCAGGUACCAAGCGCAGCAACACAGUGACUUCAUGUGCUGCUACCUCAACAACACAGAGCCACUUGCCGCCUCAGGCUUCCAGUCCAGCCUCGCCUCAUCCUGAAUCCUGUCGCAGCUCUUCUCUGCCAGGCUCUGCCGCCUCCCCUACAUUAACAGAUGUGUUUAGCCUGCCAUCUCCACCCAUCGUGAAUUCAGAGCAAUGCUACAGCCUGAGCUCAGUCAGCAGUCAAUCGCUGUCCCCCCUUACACUGUUUCAGGCUGCUGCCGACAAGCCCUUUGCUGACAAACCUGUCCUAGUCUGGACCAAGCAUGAUGUAGCCGACUGGCUUGAAAGCCUCAACUUGGCAGAACACAAGAAGGCCUUCUUGGACAAUGAAAUUGAGGGCGCCCACCUUCCCAACCUCCAAAAGGAAGACCUUGUAGACUUGGGUGUCACCCGUGUUGGUCACCGGAUGAACAUUGAAAGGGGUCUCAAACUUCUAAUGGACAGAUAAAAGGGAUAUUCUUCUACUGUGCAUCCCACUUGGGCAUGGAUAUCGACUCAAUUAAUCCCUCGUUUUAGCUAACAUUUAUCAGUCUCGCUGUGCUGCAUCUCCUGUUGGAAGUUGUGGGAUGAUGCGAACAGAGUAACAAUAACAACCAAGGAACAUGCAGAACUGCAUUCGGGAACAAGUCUAUGUGGACUCGUUCUUAUGAUCAGAAGCUUCAUUUUAAUGUCAGGAGCUUGUCUCACGAGGACAUCUCUAACCAGCAGAGCUGGGAGGUCCUUUUUUACCUUUGAUACAGGAAUAUUUCAUUUCAGAUGUUGUCUGUAAGCUCUCUGUUGAACAUGAACGUAUAUCAUACCCUAAACAAAUGUUGGGUACGUCCACACAUUCAGGACAAGUGCAUGCGAACCUUUGUUCAUGAUGCUUCUUGGUUUCAACGAGAUUGCAUGAGGACAAGAGUCACGUUCAGCCUCGUCUUCCAUGUUGUUUGAUUCCGAUGGCAAAAAUGAAUGCUACAGAAACACAUAAGCUUUCCCGAACAAACCUUUUUCAGCAUUCUUUUGGCUCACCUAUUUCUUUUAGGUAAUUUUGCAGUUUGAAGGUUGAUAUCAAACUGUUUAUAGGAUGUGAAGACCUGUUGAACAAGAGAAUAAAAAUAAAAGAAGUAAAUUUUGAGAGGAAGAGCGUUUCUAAAUGAGAGCUUGAGGUGUAGUUCAGAUAUCAGGCCUAAUUAUUGUGCUUAAGGUCUAAUAUGGAUCACAGAACAUCUAUAAUACUGCUGCUGCACAUUAAAGUAGCGACAGGGAUUUUUUUAUUUCGUACUGUGGCUUGGUUCAAUUCAUUGGUUAUUGAUUGGAUGGAGGCGUAUCUAAAUACAAGGUUGCGGUCGAUUAUAUGUGAUGGGGUUUAAGUGCACCAGAUGAUUAAAGUCCUGUAUGUGUCACCAGAGAGAAGAUGUGAUUAAAAAAUUAUAGUAAGAAAUGUUAAAUUAAAUGUAUGCAUGGAUACACAUUUAGAAAGUAGAUCGGCAUGAAGUGUAAAUUCACCCUGCUUUAAUAUGAGUUGCAGUUUUGGAGAGAUUCCAUAAGUGAGUUUACAGAGGAUGUAUUAAGCAGUUUUUGUUAUUAUACAACUUGGAAUCAUGUUUAUUAAUAUAUAAAUGAUGCUAGGCAACAUGCAGUAUACAUAUGCAAAUUGAUUGUGUGAGAUUACUUUUUUAUUCUGUUUGUGCCACUCAUUGCAGUAUUGAUAGUGGUAACGUCUGAAAAGAGAAGCGAUAUCUGCCGUCGCCUGCUGCUGAGAUCCGAGUUUGAAUAUAGAACAAUAUUUUUCAAAUGUGGGCCAGAAUUUUAAAAUUGCAAGCCUUUCUUGAACAAAGGCUUGCUUAUAUACUGCUGCUACUGUGAAGAAAUAAUUUUUAUAAAAUAGAUCCUCUUUAGAUAGCAUACAAUAGAAUAAGAGAGUAUUUUGGAUUUAUAUAAUUAUUGCCUUUUAUAAUGCUGUUUCAAUGGUGUUGUUCCCACUGAACUGUGGUUUGCCAAAAAAAGUGAAAUGUUUGAAUAAAAUGGUUAUAUUUGUUAGAUAUUUAAUAUAGCAAAUCCAAAAUGCAAUAUAUUUAUACUAUGAAUAACACACACUGUAUAUAUUUAGAUAAUGUACCUGCCACAUCAUAAAACAAGCACAAUAUAUUUACCUUAUAAAACAUGCCCUAAACCCUCUGAAUUGUCAAUGUCCUAUUGUUUAGCUAUGAUUUUUCCCUUCGACUUCAACCUAAUUUGCUCUACGACAUGUAAAGACUU